UUCAUGUCCAGGAAUCGGCGACUAUUUAAGUCCACUCACCCCGAAGAAUUUCGGCGACCAAAGGUCCCCGGUCACUCCCCGAAGUAGAUACUCCAUAUGAACGGCGAUUACCAAACUAUUUAGACAGGGGGUCAGACUUAGAGAAAUUCGAAACCAUUGGCAAGCAAGAAAAUGGACAACGACCUCGAGAACAACAACAAGUUCCUCCUCAACGAGACGGUGAGCUCUCUCGCAUUCAGAGACAUAACCGUCUCCGUCAACGACCGAGAUCUCAUCAAAGGCAUCAGCGGGGAUGUCCAAGCCGGCCAACUGGUCGCCCUAAUGGGUCCCUCAGGAAGCGGCAAAACGACUCUCCUAAACGUCCUAGCCCGCCGUGCUGCCCACAAAAACACCACUGGCGACUCCUACGUGAACAACACCAAGGUCGACGAUACCACAUUUAACCAGCUCGCCUCCUAUGUCGAACAGGAAGAUGCGCUCAUCGGCUCGUUGAACGUCUGGGAGACGCUGCAGUUUGCGGCGGACCUUGCUCUACCACGUUCCGUGACCAAGGGUCAGAGAAAGCAGCGGAUUAAGAUGCUGCUCAACGCGUUUGGGAUUCAGAACCAGGCGAAAACUUUGAUUGGGACGCCUAUAAGGAAGGGUAUCUCGGGUGGGCAGAAACGACGUGUUAGUGUUGCGAGUCAGUUGAUGACUUGUCCGAAGAUUUUGUUCUUGGAUGAACCGACCAGUGGACUGGAUUCGACGGCUAGUUAUGAGGUUAUCUCGUAUGUGCGAGAGCUGGCGAAGGCGAAUAACCUCAUCAUCAUCGCGAGUAUCCAUCAACCGUCCACCAGCACCUUCCAGCUUUUUGAUACAUUGCUGCUUCUGUCCGGAGGACGAACGUGCUAUUUCGGUCCGAUAAAACAAAUCGAGCCCUAUUUGGCCGGCAUCGGUUAUCCGUUGGACAUGUACACCAACCCGGCCGAGUUUCUGCUCGACCUCGUCAGCUCCGAUUUUGCUGGGAGUUCCAACACGGACGAAAAUCGUGUGGAGAAGAUACAGGAUGCUUGGUUGCGGAAGACAGAGUUGAGCAGUAUCGAAUCGUUCCAGCCGUCUGAGAAGGGGAAGUCGAUCGUGAAUGCCGGUGACCGUCCGGGAAUUGCAUGGAUCACGCUGUCUCUUCUGCAUCGCGCGUUCAUCAAAAGUUAUCGCGAUGUGGUGGCGUACGGAAUUCGCAUUGUGAUGUACCUGGGUCUGGCGAUUAUGAUGGGCACCGUCUGGUUGCGACUGGAUACAUCCCAGGAGCAUAUCCAACCAUUCACCAAUGCUAUCUUUUUCGGAUCCGCUUUCAUGAGCUUCAUGGCCGUCGCAUACGUUCCCGCCUUCCUCGAAGACCGCGUAACAUUCGUCAAAGAACGCGCCAACGGUCUCUACGGUGCAACGCCAUUCAUCCUAGCCAACUUCAUAAUCGGUCUCCCAUUUCUCUUCAUAAUAGCAAUCCUCUUCUCCAUCGUCGCCUACUGGCUCUCCAACUUCAUCCCCACCGCAACCGCCUUCUUCACCUGGGUCCUCUGGCUCUUCCUCGACCUCCUCGCCGCCGAAUCCCUCGUCGUUUUCGUAACAGCCCUCCUCCCCAACUUUGUCCUCUCGCUCGCAGUCGUCGCCUUCGCAAACGGUCUCUGGAUGAGCGUCGGUGGGUUCCUCGUCCCCAUCACAAUUCUCAAUCCGUUCUGGCAUUAUGUCUUCCAUUACAUUGACUACCAGGCGUAUGUGUUCCAGGGGAUGAUGGUGAAUGAGUUCGGAAGGAGGAAUUAUAGUUGUGGGGAUGGGUGUCGGUGUAUGUAUAGUACGGAUUUGGAGGAUCAGUGUUUGAUUCGGGGGACUGGGGUGUUGGAGCAGUAUGGAUAUGGGACGGGGAAUAUGGGGAAGUGGGUUGGGAUUUUGGUGGGGAUUAUUGCGGGAUAUCGGAUUUUGGGGUGGUUGGCGCUGGUGUGGAGGCGUUAAGUAUGAGGGUGCGUGGCGAUGGAUAUAGAAGUGAGAGGAGAGAUAG